UGAGCUUUGGAAAUCAAGAGUUCAAGAUAUAUCCCUUGACUAAAGAAAUGCGUCCAGACAGGUCUGUUCGCGGUGGGGGAAGCCUACUCGAUCCACGAUCUAUAUAUAUCAGUGACUCGACCAGAAAAAUCCAAUGAAACGGAUCUACUCGACUAAACUGUAAUGUCCAUACACUAAACUACUCGCCACUCGACUAAACUACUAGCCGUGUCUGAACCAGCCUUACAGUCGCCGAAUAAGUAGUACACGUGCCAAACGGAUGAAGCUUCGAAGAGGACUUCUUUCCAUAUACUUUAGAAACUGUUUCAUUAUCUAAAUUCGAUAUAUCUUAUAUAAAUCAGUAAUUAUCUGAUUUAUUGAAACAAUUUUAUUAUCAAAACUAAUUUGAGGUUAGAUCCAAGAUAAGAAAAAAUGACAGUUAAUCUGUCAACAGUGCCACUUGUUGCUUUAUCCGGCGAAACUAAGCAGAUUAUUUCAACAUUGUUAAAUCCACCAAAAAUUAUUCCAUCUGAAAAUGGAUUACCAAGAGAUUGGAGAGGUCUUGCACAUUUAUCCAACUUAGGUGGUGAGAUAUUACCAUUAUUAACUUCUCACUCAGAUCCGUCUGCGUAUAUCUUAACAACCUGGCGACAAAAACAGAAAGAUAUUACAAUUAAGGAUUUACAAGUAGCAUUAGAAGAAAUUGAUAGAUGGGAUAUUGUAGACGAUACAUUAGAGUUGUUUGAAAAAGAUGCUAUAAAAUAUUUAGAACAAUUAGAAAGAUCUCAAACAUCAGCCGAUGUCAUUGCAAGUGAUGAUACAAAAAUUCUUACAGUAGAUGAUAUUCAUAGGUUCAGGCAAGGAUUGGAUAAUCAAUAUUAUGAUGCUUUUUUAUUAUAUGCAGAUGAAGAUAUUAAUUUUGCUACUAAAAUGAUAGACAAAUUAGAAAGCCAAUAUAAGUUAAAGCUUUGUUUGAAAGAUAGAGAUUUAAUUGGUGGAAUUACAUUUGAACAUGAAGCUGUAAUGACAUUGAUAUCAGAACGUUGUAAUAGAUUAAUUGUAAUAGUAUCAUCUAAUUUUCUUGAAAGUCCAGCAAAUAAAUUCUUUUUAAAUUAUGCUCAGGCAUUAGGUAUUGAUAAAGGUCAACGAAAAGUCAUACCCUGUUUAUAUGGAAAAUGUCAGUUACCGCGACAAUUAAAUUAUAUGUUUAUACUGGAUUAUAAUAGAGUAACUUUAUAUAAUUUCUGGGAAAAAUUGCGAGAUUCCGUACAAAUUGUAAAUACUCCGAAAAGUAAUACAAACUGUAUAACUGUAAAUGAAGAACCUGUAUUACUUUCUAAAAAGGAGACUACUCGUAAUACUGUAGAAAUAAAUAGCGAAUAUGAAACAGAAAAGGAUACAGUAAAAGACCAAGUAUUAAAAGGCAAUGAUAAAUCACCAGAUGCUAAACAGGAACCAAAUAAUCCUGAAUUAAACAAAGAUAGUAAUAAGACAAUCAAUAACUUUUUACGAUGGAAUUGGAAAAAGAGAGGAAUUCGGAAAGCUGAACGUGAUAACGAAGAAUAUGUGUCAAUUACAAAAACAGUAAAUUUGCCAUCUCUUGAAAACUUAGACCCGUUAAACACAUCAACAGAUUUGACGGAAAAGAAGCAAAAACCAAAAUUUUUAAAGAAAUACGUGAAAAGAGUGCCUUUUAAACUAUAAAAAUUUGUUAUUUAUAAAAAGUAUAAUGUUAUUAAUAUUAAUUAUUUUAUCAAAGUGUAAUAUUAAAGUAGAGUUGUAAUAUAUUUUGAUAAUGAAAUGUAUAAAAACAUAUCUACUAAUAAAACGU